AUGACCGGCUCUCCGAGCGCCAGUGCUGUGCUGGUGACAUAUAGCGCCCCGGCGCCGUUUCUGGCGACCCAGUGGGAGGCACUGCGGGCAGGCCUGCAGUCUCAGCUUCCGCUGCGAGGCGUACACUGGAAGUCUACCCAUGGCGGAGUGCGCACGAUCAAUGAACUCGUAUUGAACCUUGUGCCGUUCGACUCGAUACGCGAGCCAGCCCAGUCGUUGGUUCCGGCGAACCUACUUGCUCGACCACUCUUAAACAUAUAUUUCGUAUCCUGCGAGGAUGCCGAGACAUAUAAAGGCACGGUCCGCAAGCAGCUCAAGGAAUGGCACGCUCAAGCCAUCAGCCGCAAGAACCAAGACUGGCUCAUCGUUCACGUCGUGCGCGCCGACACGAAGGGCGCUCAGCAAGGCUUCUUCAAUCGUGGAACUGUUAUAGACAAGCUUCGGGCCGACUUCAACACAGACAAGCGAGACAGAGUUGUACCGCUUGCCUGGCCCAUCGCUUCGACGAACUUGACGGCAUGGGCAGAACUGCUCGCCAAGGUCAAGGAUGGUGUUCUGGGCUCGUUUGACGUCGCCAUCUCCGGACGAGAAGAUGAGGUGCGGCGCUCGGAGAGCCAGCGUUUGAUGCCGGGUUGGAACUUCUGUAGCUUCUUCCUACUCAAGGAAAGCCUUGCAUUGUCAUACGAGAGCAUGGGACUCGUCGACGACGCCCUCCGUGCCUACCAACAACUCGAGAACACAUUCCAAGUCGUCCUCCGCGAGAAGAACCUCUCCUGGUUCGGCAUGCUCAUUGUCCCCGGUCCCCGAGACGACGCAUCCCCGCUCCUCUCCCUCGAACGCAAGUCCUAUACAGACCUCAUCCUCGCCAACACCGUCUCCGUCUUCGACCUACGCAUCUACAUGCUCGCGCGACAAGCCGCUCUUCUCGCUCGCCUUGGCAAGCUAUCCGAUAUCUGCACCCGCGCGAACCGUUUCCUCGUCCAAUUUGGACGAACGCUAUGGGAUGCGGAGAAUAUCUUGCCGGCGCACUUCAUCGAGGCCUGGACGUACGCGUCUGCAUUGAGCGUCGUCGAUCAGGUCGAUCUAUGGUGCUCGGAGCUUGGCCUUGACGCGAGUUUGGACGGCGCUCCGCUGAACAGCUUCAAUUCAGCCAAAGCUGAACUCAUUGAGCUCGCGCGGCAUCAACUCGAUAUUCUGGGCGUGUCAGCAGGCCACCUCCCCUCCCGCGCGCCAUUCACCAUGAGCAUCUCGCCCCAGCGUCCGAAGCCUAAUGUCGGAGAUAAGCGGGCGAGCAGGACGAUCUCUCAGCCGGCGUUAUUGGCCUGUUUUCAUGACAAGGAGGCUUUCUACGAGCUGUACAAUGCGCUUACGAACAAGGCCAUUGACCUGUACGCGCGAUCUGGAAGGAGGAAGUUCGCGUUGAAGUUGCAUGGGAGUCUGGCUGCCCUCGACGUACAUCGAGAACUCCGUGAUCCUGCGUUCCAGACGUACUCGUCACUGCCCGCACAUUAUGCGCCUUACCGAUGGCGCUCGCUGGAAGCGUACAUGCUCGCACAGGCGCUCUCGCUGCAUACCGAACUUCCCGUAUCCAAGGAUGCGCAAUGGUUAGGGCUUGCCUUGGCGUUCCUCAAGGCGUUCGUCGGCGGCCUCGGGAAGGAUCUUCUCAUGACGGAGGAGGAUGCACGCACAUAUGUCAGCAAGAUCAUUGAUAGCUUUAGAGAGGCUGUUGGUGCGCUGGAAUCCGAUCUCACUCAGCCGGAUCACCCUGCCUUGGUUGUGCAGGUGAAGAGCCUGAAGUCAAGAUUAGCAGACGACGAGGAUGGGUGUUACCUCGAUGUUGUCGUCGAGAAUCACUUGCCCUGCUCGCUGCCCACCACGGAUAUCACUAUAUCACUCAACGGCCCCGAUGCACAGCAUUUGGCAUUCCGUACCGCUGUUGAUGAGCUGACACCUGGGCACAACGCAUUGUCUCUCUUUUGCGCGACAUCAUCCUGGGGUGCAUAUACCCUCGACACAACGGACAUACGGCUCGAGCGCCUGCAUCUUGUGUAUGAUCACCGACCGGACCCUAAGACGAAGACCUCAAGUCGCGUUCAGCGGUCUCUGCCCGUUCUUGUACACCUAGAGCGCGAUCCUCAUGCACUCGACGUUCGCGUACGGCGGCCGCGGAUAAUUACGAUCGGCGAGCCGCCAGACAUGCUAUUGACGCUCACGUCUGGCCGCAACGACAUCGCCAAGGUCACGAUCACUCUGAAUAGCCCAACCGGAGUCGCGCUGCAUUGCCGCAACGCAAGGUUCGAAGAUGAAGCGAAGGCGCUUCCGCUCGAAACGACAGAUGACAGCCUCAUACUCGCCGACGUCCCCAAAGAGGCCGUACUUAACAUCCUCGUACCACACGCAGAAGCUGCGAAGCAUCCAGUCAUCCAUAUCAAUGUCGCAGUCUCAUAUAGCACUGCUGCGCACCCUGACGUAGCUCGCUCGCUCGCACUUGGCACGCGCAUCCCCACUAAUCUGCCCCUCCGCGUGAACGUCGAGGAUUUCUUCCGUGGAACACGACUGUUCACGAAGUUCACACUCUCGACGACAACCUCGCAGUUCAUCAGGCUUGUCUCCGCCGACCUACAACGCGCAGACGGUCGCGCAGUACCCGGUGCACGCCCUCGGUCAAGGGGCAUAGUAACGAUCACCCCUGCGCGCCCAGCAAACGCUCUCUUCCAACUGGACAGGGCAGAUGCACCAGAGGUCGAAACCUUGCUUGAGGAUACGAUCGAGGAACACGUCGAUGCGCCACAUCGGGCCAACGUGCACUCAAGAUUGGUUGAGAAGCUCGAGAGCGAUCCGGCAUGGGUCGCCACAUACACUGUGACAGGCGAACUACACGUCCCGGGCGUCACAAAAGCCGACGAAGAGGAGGAAGGUAUAGGCGCGGUGCUUGAGGCGUUGCGACAGAGCAGGACGCCAUCACUGGAUCGUGGGCUGUGGCGCGAGCUGAGGAUGCCCGUUGAUGUACCUCAGAUGAACAUCCUUGCCGCCGCACGCCUCGAUCUUCAAAUCAGCUCGGACAUCUCAUCCAAAGGCGAGGUGCCACUACCGCUAUACGCUGGCCAACCCGUCCGCGCACUAUUGCGGGUACACACCACACUCUGCUGGUCGAACACAUCAUCCUCGCCAAUAUCCCCAUCAUCUCCAGCAACACAUCGCCUACGCUUCGACGUCGCAGAGCACCCGCGCGACUGGCUCGUGUCCGGGCGCGUACGGGGAGACUUCGUCGCGCAAGAUGGCGCGGCGUUCGAGGCGACGCUGACGCUAGUGCCACUGCGGCAUGGUGCGUUACCGCUUCCGCGCGUGCGCGUCGCGCCGCUUGAAGGAGAUGCGCAGGGGAAGCCGAGUUGCGAGACGUAUCAGGCGCAUGGGGCGGAAGUUGUACAGGUCCUACCGAGAGGGGGGAGGAGCACGUUUGUACUGGAUAUGGGCGAUGGCGUAGCGUAG